GCGUGGGAUGAUCGACAUGCAACGAUGAAAUCAUCAUCGGGUUUCCUGGAAACUUCAGAGAGAUGGAUAGCUACGAACAUGGGAAGACUAUCGCCAUUCCUCUUGUCUUCUUUUUGUAUAACUCUCUUCUUUACCUGUUUCUUAGUUUACCAACAAAAUCCUUUCAAAUCCAUCUUUGACCAAAAUGAUCUCACCCUUCUACCUCAAAUCGAUCCUGAAUGUGAUUUGUUCAAGGGACAUUGGGUUCCAGACAAAAGAGGAUCACUGUACACGAACUCAAGCUGUUCUACCAUUCCUGAUUCCAAGAACUGCAUAAAACAUGGGAGAUCAGACAAAGAUUUCUUGUUUUGGAGAUGGAAACCUGAUGGCUGUGAUCUUCCUAGGUUUAACCCUAAGGCGUUUCUCAGUAUGGUCCGAGGCAAGAAGAUGAUUUUUAUUGGAGAUUCUGUAGCAAGAAACCACAUGGAAUCUCUUCUCUGCUUGUUGUCAGUGGAAGAAACUCCUAAAGAUAUUUAUAAGGAUGGAGAAGACAGAAAUAGGGUUUGGUACUUUCCUAGUCAUGAUUUCACUCUGUCUACCUCUUGGACUAAGUUUCUUGUGGCGGGACAAGAGAGGUUAGACGGUAACAAGACCGGAACUGGAUUGUUUGAUAUAGAUAUCGCCAAGAUGGAUCACGGGUGGUCUAAGGGUCUACCAAAUACAGACAUAGCUAUUGUCUCUGCUGCUCACUGGUUCUUCAGGCCAAUAAUUAUACAUAGAGGAGACGAGACGCUUGGUUGCAUCUACUGUAACUUACCAAACACGACUCAGAUAACCCCGGACGAAGGGUUUAAGAUUGUCUACUCAGCUGUCUUUAAGCACAUCAGUGAGUGUAAGAACUGUAAGGAAGAGUUAGUAACGGUCCUGAGGACUAUUUCACCUUCUCAGUUCGAGAAUGGGACUUGGGAUACAGGAGGAGCGUGCAGCAGGACGAGUCCUUUCGGUGAAAACCAGAUCGAUCUCCAAAGCUAUGAGAUGAAGAUUAGGACAACUCAGAUUCAACAGCUUGAAGGUGUAACAAAAGGAGAUUAUAAAGGAAAGAAGUUUGCGGUUUUGGAUGUGACUAAGGUUAUGCUGAUGAGACCUGAUGGGCAUCCUAAUGGUCACUGGGGAAAUAAAUGGAUGAAAGGUUACAAUGAUUGUGUCCACUGGUGUUUGCCAGGGCCUAUUGAUGCGUGGAGCGAGUUUCUAAUGGCGAUAAUUAGAAAAUUAAGAUGAUCCCCUUUGUAAUUAAACAUACAAGAGUAUAAACAUUAUUUUUACAUUUCCUUACGAAAAAUAAGUGUUAUCAAUGAUGUAAAUUUUUUGUUGUAUGCUUCUAAAAUAUAUGUUGUCACAUAGAGAUUACACAAUACUCAAUACAAUUGAUAAUAUGACUUUUCUCGACCUAUGACAGAGAUCUAGGAGUUU